AUGCCGGAGGCAACAACCGAGGAUAUCUGCGUUGUUCAGAACCUUCCAUCAUUAGAACAAUAUUAUCACGGUUACAUUGAUCGGGCUGAGGCAGAGAAGCGCCUACAAACUUUCAAUAUACCAAACAGUUAUCUUUUACGUCUAAGUCGUACAACUCAUGGCAAUGAUACAUGGGAGAACAUAUAUGUCCUAUCAUAUCUUUCCUCAGCGCGUGUCUGUUUUCACUUCAGACUUAUUCCACGUUUCCAUUGCUUUCAACUUGGUGGAAGAUUUUUCGACAGUUUAGAUGGCUGUUUGUCGAGGUAUUACACCCGUGACAUAAUGACAGGCGAACGCCUUAAACAUCCCAUCCCACCUACUAGUCUUCCUAUUGAAUAUCAUACACAACGCUUACGCGCUAUUCAGGAUUUUGAGCCAGAUAAUGCUUAUGACCGACUUGGAUGUGCUGUUGACGAUCGUUUCUUAUUGGUUCAUGAAGACCCGAACUCGGAUUGGUUACUAGCCACUUCAUUGAAAUCUCGUCAUUCAGGUUACUUACCUAAAUCGUGCGUUGAGAAAGAAUAUCCUGAAAUUAUUGAACGUUUGGAUUUCUUUCAUCCUGAUACAACUUCACAUCCCAAAGAGCUGCUUAAAAAAGCUGGUGCAUUUAGUUACUUGUUAAGACCGUGUGAUUCACGUCCAGGCUUAUAUACAUUACUAUUGUACGAUGGUAUAAGAGUACGUAAAUGUCGACUUGAAUUGGUUGUUCAAUCAGAAUUAAUCUGUCGAGACAAUGUAACACCAACAACAGAUAAAAAUAAUCAAAGCACAAAUUCUGAUCGUAGAAACAGUGGACCUUCAGAUGUACACAUAGAAGAUACUGGUGAAGAAUCAUCUGCAAUUGAUAAUAGCGGAGAUAAUAAAUCAGAUGUGCAGAGGAGACGAUCAGAUGAAACAUUUUCAGGGUGUAAUAGAUUGGACAAUCAAGAUUCUUCAACAAAUGAUACUUCAACACUCAGUGUAAAUUUUCAGUUUCCUCUCUAUAGAACAACAACUAAAAUUAUGUACAGUGGAACAACUUUUCCUAGCGUAGAAGCUGUAGUCGCAGCGAUUGAAUCACAUCAUUCCGAACUUUGUCAUACUGAAGAAUCCAGUACUCUAAAUGUAGCUGAUACUGGAGAUUGUUUAAUGGAUACUGAUUCUGGUAACCAUUCGACGAAUGGCACAGUGUCAGGAAAUCAUCAUGUACAGUCAAAUGAAUUCCAUUCAACGGAUGGCUCAAAUAUACACACUAACUUGCCUGUUUUUAAACCUGUCAAUAGAGAGCGUAAACCUCAAAUACAUCCUCCAUCGUCUACAAUCUAUAUGGAUAUGUUUUAUGCACGUCAACCUCCAGCUUCUCAUCAAACACUGACUGAAAUCCAUGGGGAAUUAUCUGUUUGGUCACAACAAAGAAAAAAAUGGAAAUCAUAUUAUGCCCAGUUGGAUAGAAAGCAAAGUAUCUUAACGCUGGUUGAUGGUGAAAAACGCAAACCUGAAAGAUUUGAUCUCUCCAAGUGUGAUUUCUUUCCAAUUCACUAUACUGCGUAUGAGAAAGAUUUUUGUUUCGGUUUAAUUUUGUAUGGAGCAUCAGCAGGUGAUCGUGAAGACUUUGUUCUUUGCGUUGAAGCGCCAUGUUCUGGAAAUAAUAAUACUAGUAAUAAUUUCAACUCAAAUUAUAUGAAUUCGUCAACAACAGUAUCUAGUCGAUUGAAUUUCUUCAGUGGAUAUGAUCUAGAUGCAACAUCAUAUGCUGGUCGACCUGAAGAACCACCACAUAUUCAUCCAUUUCUAUUACGUUCAGGUUGUUGUCGGCAUUCAUGUGACUGGGCUGCUCGCUCAAACUUGAUUUCUGUAAAUAGUAAUAAUAAUAAUAACAACAAUAAUAAUAAUAAUCCUAGUAGCAGUAGAUCGCCAUCGUCGUCAACAUCAAUCCCGACAACUUCUGCUACGAUUUCACACGACACCAGCUGUCAUGCAACCUGUAAUCUACCACCAGCGAAUUUAGAGACAGUUUAUCAACGUUGGAUUACCAGUUUAAAACGUCACUGUCGUAAUACAAAGGCUGAUUCAGCCACAGAAGACAAUGUCUCAUUAAGACAAACACACUUAAGGUGUUAUCGAAGUUUGGAAAUUAAGUUCAAUAAUGCCAGAUUAACUUCAUCUUCGUCAUCCUCAUCGUCUAAAUCACGUCGAGAUGAAUCAGUUUAUUCUGUUAAUUUAGACGGUUUAGAAAUUGCACGUGCUUAUUCUGGUUCAUCAGUUGUUUCUGUCUUCUUGGAUGAGUUUCCUUUUGGAUUUAAGAAAGUUGAAGUCCUAAUGAAAGAGGAUAAACGUAAACGUUCGGUUGCCGUAGACUUAGAUCUUGUACAAUACAAUGUUGGUGCACGUCAACAGGGGAGCAAUUCCAAUUGUUCUGCAACAACUGAUCAUGAUAAACGACUUUCUGUCAUUCACUCUUCUUCAUCCUCAUUAUCUUCGUCUUCAGCAGUAUUGCAUUAUUCUAUUUGUGAUAAACAAGAACGUAGUAAUGGACAGAUAACGGUUAUUCAUAGAGAAUUACAUGUUAUACCAUUUCAAUUUUAUGAAGGUUUUCGUCAGACAAUACUGAAUUGUUUGCAUUCAGAAUUAGUACCUUUGUGUAUACAUGUUUGGAGUGCUUUAGCGCUUGAUGUAAGAAAAGCGAAUUUUGUCUCCAGCCUUCUUUUAACUACAAUUGAAUUGAAUUGCCAUUUGGAAUUAAUUGUCAAUUUAUUACGGAUUGAUGUAAAUAAUGAUAAACCAAAUACUUCUUUUCGGAGUAGUUCUUUAGGAGCACAAAUUCUAGACAUGUAUAGUAAUACUGUUUGUUCAGCUUGGCGAAGUCAAUGUUUUCGACGUGUAUGCGAAAAAGCACUUGAAGGUCCUCCUCCAGGACCAUUGCCAACAUCUAGUCAUUCAACUUCAUCGUCAAAUCCAUCUUUAAAUUGUAGUCAAGUUCAUAGUAGUAAUAAUAAUAGUUGUAAUGGUAAUAAUAAUAAUGCAAAGUCUACACCAAGUCACCAACAACGUUGUGGUAUUGGGAAUGCUUAUCAGUGUACAAAUAAUGUAAAUUCUCAUCAAUCAUUGACAACACGACCGUAUUCAUUGUCGACUGGAGCUGCUACAACUGUAACAUUUGAUCAAGCCUCCUCUCCUACAUCAAAUUUGAGUUCACUACAACAUCAUACACGUGUACAAGAAUGGCAUUAUUAUCUCCUGUCAAUUGUUGUAGAUGAUCUUAUUUCACAUGUUCGUACAUUCCCUUUACAAAUGCGAUGGAUCUAUUCUGAAUUGCAGGCCCUAUAUCCUCCUAAUCAUAGCCAUGUGGUUGUCUGUAAUUUAGUAUUUCUCCGUGGUUUAUGCCCAGUCUUAUCAAGUUGGGGUAAAACAGGUCGGUCAGAUUCACUUAGUGGAUCUACUCAUGGCCUUUUAUCCGGAUUUUGGACUUCCGGUGUUUCUAGUGAGCCUCAUUCUUCUGUGUCGAGUCCUUUUUGUUCUUCUUGGUCUUCCUAUCCUCAGUUGCAUUCUAGUGUGAAUUCACCCACUGUUCCGUCUCAUGCAUCUGAUGCUUUGGUGGUUGUAGCCAAGACGUUAUUAGCUCUGGUUAAUUUACCACCAAAAAUACAAGCAGAUGGUCUGUUAUCAUCGGAGCAAUUUAUGAAUUUACGAACAAGACUGAUAAAAGAAUUUCGUCUACCGAUUACUUCGCCUCUUUCACCGAAUGAAAUUCGACAACUAGAACAAUUGCAUGAAACAGAAGCGCGUAAAGCUAGUUGUAAAUCACUUAGUCGUGAACUGGCUCAACUAGCAAAUUAUUUUCUAGAAGCCUUCAAUCCUAAACAUUCUACACAUCAUUCAAACCACAGCAACAAUAACAACAAUAAUUGUCCUACUCACAAUCCUUCUACUGAUCAAUUGUCCAAUUCUUCAUCGUCUUCUCUGACAAGUAGUAACACUUCUGCAUCAACAGGAGUCAACAGUAGUUAUGAGCACAAGACAACAGAUUAUUAUCCUAUUUCAUCAGCUUCACAUCUUUACGCUUCAUUAAUUGAUCUUGCUGAGAAAACACAUCAAUUUGUACAGUCGAAUUAA